CGCCCGGGCCCGGGGCGCGGUGCUGGCUCGGCAGAGUGCGGGGCCGCCGCUGCCGUGGAGCUGCUGGGCUCCUCUGGGCUGGGCAGGGCCCGAGCACGGAUCCUGCCCCGCGAAGGAGGGCAGUCUGGCAGGGGAGCUGCGGGGACCGCCAGUCCUCGUCUCUGCUUCCAGCUACUUCCUGAGGGCGUUUAUUUACACGGUGCUGUUGGUUUAUGUUAUGGCCGGUCUGCAGCAUUUUUUCUGGUUAUCUUGUAUUUUCUGGUGGCAGCUGACCUUCCCCAGCCCGUGGCAGAUGCCUGCAUGCCCCUCUCUGCGCAGAGAAACCCAUCACUCGGGGCUGGCCACCCCUGUGUCGGGCGUGGGUACUGGCAUGCGGCGGGCAGGGACGGUGACGGGGGUCCCAGCAUGCGGGAGCUCUCGGCAACCACCACGCUGGUGGUGCCACACCAUGCUGCAAGAGCAGUGGCUGCCCUGCUCCGGCGCGGGGGGAAGCACAUCCCCGCAGGGAGCAUUGUGCAGUGGCUGCAGGGGUGGCUCCGGCAGACCCUGAGCCAAGCCGUCGGUGCUUGGAGGCUGGGGUGAUGCUCAGGCAUUCGUCCGGCACGGUGCUCGUCCACGGGGCUCUGCUGCCCGUCAGCUUGGCGAGGCGGGGCCAUGCGUUGGUGUUUUGCCACCUGGCAGGGCACGGUGCCGGCCCGGACGUGGUUCAGCAGCAGCAGCUGCUCUCCGGGGUGAGGUGAAGCCACGGGCCGUGGUGAGCUCCUUGUCUCAUGAGGGUGAUGGCUCGGACUUGGCCAGUGCCCGGUGCCUCCAUCGCCGCCUCCUGCCAGGCUGAGGUUGAUGGUGGCUCCCAUGUUGCUGGUGCUGAGCAGGAGGGGAAGCUGCCUGCCCUUCCGCACACGGCACUGGGGACAGGUUUUGCCACGGGUUCCCCUUCCCAGCUGGCACCCGCAGGACGUGGGGGCACGGUGGGGGUUUUCUCUGUGAGAGAUCUGCCGGCAAGAUGUGGAGGUGCCGAUCCCAAGCGAGUGAUCCACUGUGCCCUUGUGUGUUCGAAGGAGGCGGAGGCGCUGGAGACGGAGGCCAAGCUGUUUGAGGACCUGGAGUUCCAGCAGCUGGAGCGGGAGAGCCACCUCGAGGAGGAGCGCGAGGUGCGGGGCCAGCAGCUCCUGCAGAGCCGGGCCGAGUGCCACCGCAGCAUCGCCCGCAGGAAGGAGCGCGUGGCCGCGCUGGAUGCCCAGGCUGCCCAGAUCCGGCUGCAGAGCGCCCAGGAGGCUGAGCGCCUGGCCAGGGAGAGGAAUGGCGUCCUGCAGCUCCUGCAGAAGGAGAAGGAGAAGCUCGUGUCUCUGGAGAGGCGCUACCAGCUCGUCACAGGUGGCAGGAGCUUCCCCAAAAUGUCUUCAGCUCUCAGAGAGGAGACCCUCCAUAUCUCAGAGCCUUAUCAGCUGUUGGAGGGAACUAAGCCCCUGAGCCCCCUGCCAGCAGCAGCUGCCUCCUUAGCUUCUCCUGCCACCUGCUCCUACCCCAAGGCACAAGAGGAGUACAUGAGGCUGUCUGACGUUUUCAGGUUCUGCAGCAAUGUGCACGGCCCCAGCCCGGACACUAAAGCUUCUGCCGCUGCCCCUGCUGCCGCUCAGCGCUCUUUCUUGCUUGCUGUACCUCCCGCAGCUGACGAGUAUGUGACCAUUGAGCAGCUCUCGGGCAUCCUGGGCGGCCUCUGUGCCCCUGCUGCUUCCCCGCUGGGCGGCACCCCUCUGGCUCCUUCAUCCUCAGGCUGCGCUCCUCCUCCUCCUCUUCCAUCUCUCUCUUCUUCCUCCGUCUUUGCAGAGAUGGAGCAGCAGCUGCUGGGGGGCCCGGUGUGGCUCCCAGCUCUUGAUUUAGAGAAGUGGUACCAGGAGGCCAUGGCUGGCUUUGAGACCUCCUCCUCCUCUGUCUCCCCUCCUUCUUCCCCUCCUCCACUUCCAGCUAAAGCUCAUUCCUCUCACAAGCCUCUCCAGGUCUAUCGUGCCAAAACAGAGGGUGACACUGGUGCUCUCACCCCUCGGAUGAAGAGCGGGACCCCCUCGUCCUCGCAGCUCAACCUCUCCGUGCUGGGACGCAGCCCCUCACCCAAGGGCCCCCCAAGCCCGGCAGGCAGCCUGCCCCGCAACCUGGCAGCCACGCUGCAGGACAUCGAGACCAAGCGUCAGCUGGCCCUGCAGCAGAAGGGUGAGCUCCCAGCAGAGCCCUCGCAGCCAGGCAAUCUACCAGGUCAGCAGGUGAUCGAGGAGCAGAAGCGGCGGCUGGCGGAGCUGAAGCAGAAAGCAGCUGCCGAGGCUCAGUCGCAGUGGGAAGCCCUGCACGGGCAGACCCCCUUCCCCGCUGCCUUCCCCCCACUCGUGCAUCACUCCAUCCUCCACCACCACCGUCCCCACGGUGUCGGGCCCCGGACAGAGGAGCUGGACCACGCCUACGACACCCUCAGCCUGGAGAGCUCAGACAGCAUGGAGACCAGCAUCUCCACCAGCAACAACUCCGCCUGCUCACCCGACAAUGUCUCAAGUGCCAGCGGGAUGGAGGUGGGGAAGAUCGAGGAGAUGGAGAAGAUGCUGAAGGAGGCGCAUGCGGAGAAGUCGCGGCUGAUGGAGUCACGGGAGCGAGAGAUGGAGCUGCGGCGGCAGGCGCUGGAGGACGAGCGCCGGCGCCGGGAGCAGCUGGAACGUCGGCUGCAGGAUGAGACUGCUCGGCGGCAGAAGCUGGUGGAGAAGGAGGUCAAGCUGCGGGAGAAGCACUUCUCGCAGGCUCGUCCCCUGACACGGUACCUCCCCAUCCGCAAAGAGGAUUUCGACCUGCGGCUACACAUUGAGUCCUCGGGCCACAGUGUGGACACGUGUUACCACGUCAUCCUAACAGAGAAGAUGUGCAAGGGCUACCUGGUCAAGAUGGGUGGCAAGAUCAAGUCUUGGAAGAAGCGCUGGUUUGUCUUUGACCGCAUGAAGCGCACCCUCUCCUACUACGUGGAUAAACACGAAACGAAGCUGAAGGGAGUCAUCUACUUCCAAGCCAUCGAAGAGGUUUACUACGACCACCUCCGCAGCGCCGCAAAGAGCCCCAACCCUGCUCUCACCUUCUGCGUCAAGACCCACGACCGCCUCUACUUCAUGGUGGCGCCCUCGGCUGAGGCCAUGCGCAUCUGGAUGGACGUCAUUGUCACCGGGGCCGAGGGCUACACGCAGUUCAUGAACUGAGGGGUCAGUGCGGCCCACCCCCCACCCGCCAGCUGUUUGGACUCGAGUGCCCCCAGCACCCCCGAGCGGGGGAGACAGUCCAAGGGCCGUGGAGGGGCCAGGCCAAGCCCAGCGCCGUGUGGCGCUGAGCAUCACCUGCUCCCCCACGGGAAUAGUUUGUUUUUUUUUAUGCUGACUUUCUAAACACACAAUUUAUUGGAAACAUAUCAAAGUGCUGAAAUGUAAAAAGCUGCCAAAGACCUGCCGGCGCCCAG